AUGGCCCUUCCAACUUUCAACACCAAAUCGCCCACCAUAAAGCGCAUCCUGAAAGAGGCAACCGAACUCUCUAGUCAUCCUGACCCAACUUUACACGCCGCUCCUCUCGAAUCCAAUCUCUUCGAAUGGCACUUCACUCUCCAAGGUCCGCCGUCCACUCCUUACAGCGAGGGUGCAUACCACGGCCGCAUAAUAUUGCCUCCGACCUACCCAUUGCGCCCACCGUCCUUCCGCUUCCUAACGCCCUCAGGCAGAUUCGAAGUGAACCGCGAGAUCUGUCUAAGUAUCAGCGGACAUCAUGAAGAGACGUGGCAGCCUGCGUGGGGCAUUAGGACAGCAUUAUGGGCCUUGAGAGCAUUUAUGGAGGGAGAUGCCAAGGGUCAAGUGGGAGGGAUGGAGAUGCCUGAGAAGGAGAGAAGGAGACUGGCAGGUGAGAGUAAGACUUGGAAGUGUCAAGGAUGUGGGGGAAGGAGUAACAAGGAUAUAUUGAAGGAAGAGGGCGGUGAGGCUGGGGAAGGGAGCGCCAACGAGCAUGUCGUGCCUGAAGAGCUGAAAUUUGGCUUCAGGGAUCAGAUGGCAGCUGCGGAGGGUAAAGAUAUGGCGAAGGACAAAGGUAUGCGGGUUGUUACUACGCCUGCUCCAGAUCCAUCGCCUGCCAGUGCUUCGGCAGCCUCACCAUCACCUCCGACUUUGUCACCACCCGAGGCUAUCCACCCAACGAGGACAGUGCCCGUUGCCUCAGCUUCUCACGUGCCCCCACCGUUGCCUACCGCCACCCAGCAAACCCAGUCGGAUGGUGUCCCAGCAUGGGUUGAUAAAGCUAUUACCGGGCUUGUAGCUGCCUUAGCGGUCAUGAUUAUCAAGAAAAUUUUGCUCUGA